UCGUACCCUGUGUUCAGCAGCAGCUGCGCUUCUUACUCACCGAGGCAGUGUACAGCGGUAAAGUGUAUGCACAGUCUUUGACAAAGGCAAGCAGACGAGGUCUAACUACAGCCGAAUACUUCAGGGUCAUCUGAGCACGGACAGAGCUGGCAGCAUGGUCACCAUUCCAGAGUACUACGAAGGGAAGAAUGUGCUCAUCACUGGAGCCACGGGCUUCAUGGGAAAGGUGCUCCUGGAGAAGCUGCUGCGCUCUUGUCCUGCUGUGAAGGCCACCUACGUGCUUGUCAGGCACAAAGCAGGCCAAGCCCCAAACGCACGCAUCGCAGACAUGAUCAGCUGCAAGCUCUUUGACAAGUUGAGAGAGGAGCAGCCCAACUUUGCAGAGAAGAUAGUGCCUGUGAGCAGUGAUCUAACUCAACCAGAGCUGGACCUGAGUGGAGAAGACCAGCAGACUCUGAUUGACUGCAUUAAUAUCGUGUUCCACUGUGCGGCCACUAUCCGAUUCAACGAGCCUCUUAAAGACGCGGUGCAGCUGAACGUUUUGGCCACACAGAAGAUGGUGGUCCUGGCACACAGGAUGAAGCAGCUGGAGGUGUUCAUCCAUGUGUCCACAGCCUACGCCAACUGCGACCACUCGCUCAUUGAGGAAGUGGUGUACCCGCCACCCGUUGACUACAAGAAGCUGAUCGACACACUCGAUUGGAUGGAUGACAAGCUGGUCAGUUUAAUUACACCGAAGCUGAUCGGCGACAGGCCUAACACCUACACAUACACCAAGGCCCUGGCAGAGUCCCUGGUCCAACAGGAGUGUGGGAACCUGAACGUGGCCAUCAUAAGGCCAUCUAUAGUGGGCGCAAGCUGGAAAGAGCCCUUUCCUGGUUGGAUCGAUAAUUUCAAUGGACCAAGUGGGAUAUUCAUUGCUGCAGGAAAGGGGAUCCUGCGCACAAUGAGGGCCUCCAACAGCGCUGUGGCUGACCUGGUCCCAGUUGACGUGGUGAUCAACACCACACUGGCAGCAGCCUGGUACUCGGGCUCCCAGAGAUACACCAGGCCAAAGACUGUGUUGGUGUACAACUGCACGACUGGUGGCAUCAAUCCCUUUCACUGGGGCGAAGUUGAGUAUUGUAUAAACAUGACCUUCAAGACGAACCCCUUAGAGCAAGCUUUAAGGCGCCCGAAUGUAAACCUGCGGUCCAACCCCUUUACCAAUCAGUAUUGGACCACAGUGAGUCACACACUGCCAGCGCUGCUGUAUGACGGGUAUCUCAGACUGACGGGUCAGAAGCCCUGGAUGAUGAAAACCAUCACGCGGCUGCACAAGGCCAUGAUGGUGCUGGAGUACUUUACCAGCCACUCCUGGGUGUGGAACACAGACAACGUGGCCAUGCUCAUGAGCCAGAUGAGCCCAGAGGACAAGAAGGUGUUUAACUUUGAUGUGCGGCAGCUGCACUGGGCAGAGUACAUGGAGAAUUACUGCAUGGGUACAAAGAAAUACGUGCUGAAUGAGGAACUGUCAGGUCUGCCAGCUGCCCGCAAACACCUGAAUAAGUUGAGGAACAUCCGCUACACUUUCAACACCAUCCUGAUGGUGCUCAUCUGGAGGGUGUUCAUCGCCAGAUCUCAGAUGGCCCGGAACAUCUGGUAUUUUGUCGUCAGCCUGUGCUUCAAGUUCCUGUCCUACUUCCGUGCGUCCAGCACACUGAGGCACUGAGUCCUUCAGCUGUACGUGGCCACCCUGUGUCCCUCUCCCCCCUCCACCUGUGAGAGCUAUGCAUUUUACACCACACUCGCGGAAGCUUGGUCACUGGAGCUGCCGCCCUGUUUGACAUACUGCCGACGUGAAACCUCUCACCACACAUUCUCUGUCGCUGCGCAAGUGAGCAUGCUCGACUCCUCUGGUGAUCGGCGUAACAAACUUGAUUGUGACGAUGCUUGUUAAGGUCUUGUGACAGUUUUGACUCUGCACAGUGAGCCACCACUGCACUGCAAAA